UCCAUAAUAGUCAGGAACAAGUAACUAUUCUGGCCAACGUUCAGUCAGAAUUAGUGAGUCAUUCUAAAACAAUAAAUUCCAUAUUAUCAAUCGUAAAAGCUUACCACGCGGUAAUGCAUCAAACAGUUAGUAGGCUUUUCAAAAAUGACCAAAUAAUGCAACACCAGUUAAAAAAUUUGUUCAGUUAUUUGAAACUAAAUUCGGCAGUUACAGAAACCAAGAAUACAAUCCUAGUGGCAAUUCGUCAAAUAAAUCAGUUUCAUAAUGGAAUCGAAAAAUUGGAAGGGAGAAAGUUAAGCAGUGACUUACUUUCGCCGAUGGAGUUUCUAAAGAUUCUGCAGGAAGUGGAAAAGGUUGUACCCACCCCGGCUAAAUUGCAUUUGCCAGUAAAGCUGGAAAACAUGCAUGGGUAUUAUUCGGUUGUCAUUGCCCGUAGCUAUGUAAUGGAGCAAACCCUCAGGGUUGUGCUGCAGUUGCCGCUAAAAAGCGACGAUAAAUUGUUUCAGGUAUACAAUGUUUACACUUAUCCGAUAUACGACCACACACUCAAAAAAUGGUCCCAGUGGGAUAUGACAAGACAAAAUUUUCUGGUUAGUAAAGAUAGAUUGCAAUAUACUUUGUAUGAUGAGACAAAAUUCAGUAAAGAAUGCCUAAACGGGUGACUCAUUGUGUGUCCGUUGGAGCAUGUUCUAAUGAGUGUGGCCAAACGACCGAGCUGUGUGUCCGAGCUGUUUAUCGGAAGAAUGUCCUCUUGCUGUGCACGAAAGUUAAUAACUGGAUUAAAAUCCCCUGUACUAUUGAAGACACCCAACCACUGGGUGUAUAGCACCUCUGAACCACACCGAGUAACCCUAAAUUGUUAUGAGAGCAACGGUAGAAUAAACGUGACUUCCCUGCUGAUGAGUGGCGUUGGAAUAAUUACGGAAUCGUACAAAUGUGAUGUUAUCACGGAUGAGUUCAAAGUGCCUGCCCGUAUAUACGGCAGCAGUACUCAUGUGGGACAGUUAGGGAAAAUGGUGAUCCCAGAACUGAAACCGAUGUUCGCUGACGAUGAGACUAAUCUUAUCACUGUUGAUGUGAACGCCACUCUAGAGGUCCUGAAGGGCCUGGACGAUGAGCUGGGUUCCGUGGGUGCUAGGGAAUAUCCCCUAGAAUGGGUUCUUUUUCAUUUGCGGUACCACCAUGACUAUAGGCGCAGGGUACAGAGAAUGUCAGUUGUAGCAGUGAUAGGAACCUGUAUUGUUUUGAGCCUGAUCCUGCUGUGUGUGUUUUAUAGACACUGGACGAGACUUGCCACCUGGUGCCAGAGCUCCAGACUCCGUAUACGAGAGAGGAAAGCAGCGACUCUGACCAGUGUGCUGGCGAUGAGCGAGGCGGCGAUGCCUGAUGUUGAGAUGGGUGGUGGAGCCCAGACAACUGACGAAAUGGGGACUGCAGCCCCAGAAGUAACUACCGCUGGUGAACCAUAGACUUGGAUACCAGGAGUGUCGUGAGUAAGCUAACCUAACGAGAGACAGAGUGGACAAAACGAAUUUUUAAUUAACAUAUACGGGAUUAAACUAAAUAGAAGCAAAGGACAUUGUGCCAAGACCGAACCGCGCACCAGGAGAAGAGCGGCGGGGGACGCCCUGCAUAUGUCAUUGAGAUGACAAGAUUCUCACAAGAGUUGGAAAACUGUGAAGUUUGAGUAGUAGUAUGUGUAAAGACGUACUGAAUGAACUCGGGAACUGUGGAUGAGUUUAGUUCAGUUAUAUUGGUUGUAACGUGGUUGUAAUAUUAAUCAUUAAUAAUAUUAGUAGUAAUUUUGAAUUAUAAUAGCGCUAUUCCAUGUGCAAAAUACAAGUAAAGGCUGGUAAUGGAGGAUUUUCUAUUUGGUUCCACAUUAAUUUGAAAAGUUAGAUUUUUGGACAGUAACAAAAGGGGGGCAAAUAAUGAUAAAGAUAAUAUUUGACGAACGAGGUCGCAUCUGAUAUCCCCAGGAAGGUAUGGCCAACCCCCAACCCUAAUACCCUAUCCUUUCGACUCCACAAGACUGGACUGAGGGUGUCUAGAAGCGAACCCGAUACAAAAAAGGUAAGAAACUAAUUUCGCAGAUGAUCACGAGAAAGUGAGUGUUAAAUGCCUUGCUGGAGGGAUAUUCCGGACCCCAUCAGCAAGACAGCUGAAUUAAGAUUACCAGACCUGUCUUGACCUUGUAUUGUUAUAAGUGUUUUAUUAUAGUAAAUUAAGUCCAGUUAAGUUAAGCAUGUUAAUAUUGAGAGAUCCAAAAGAAUACCGAGUUUGUUUCUGAAUGAGUUCUUAGAAAGUAAAUUUUGUAAAUUUAUCGUGUAAAGAUUGUGUACUUUGUCAAGUUUGUAAAAUGUAAGAGCAUUGUUAUAAGCAUGAUAUUUAAUUUAAACUAGAUAUGCAUAGAUUAGGCUGUAGAGGCUUGACACAGUGUACUGUAGGUUCCACCGCGCGGGGUUGUUGCUGACGUAGUAUCCAGCUGAUAGCGGUGACCUACAAUCUGAACUGGGGACUUGACACGCGCGAGGAGUGACUGACCUACGGCGGCUCCAAGUGAACGCUUGUGUGCGGCUUAACCAAACCAAGCUAGUAGCGUUCUAAUUAUACCGGUACUGAACAAUUUAUUCCUUUUAUGAGACACUAACUAAUUAUUAGAAUUUAGAAUUUCAGUGCCAAAUUAUAAAUUUUAAUCAAACUUUAAUUAACCAUCAAGGGACUUUGAUCCUGCCGUCAAGUCAUCCCAUACACAUAAAUUGAAGGUUCUUGAAACCGCCUGUUACAUAUUGUUACAGGUAAACUCUCUUUAAACUGUACUCUCGCUACGUACGAGAAUGAAUGCUUAUAGGUCCAUUUAAGAUUUAGAAUAUAAGUUUAGGUUAUAAAUAUAAUGGUGGUUUCAGAAGCCUUCAAGCGUGUCAAAAACCCUGAUAGAAUUAGAAGGUAUUUAUUUAAGUAUCCUUUUAGAAGCUUGAUAUGUAGGGUAUAUUAUGUAUUUCGUUUUUGGUGGAUAUCUAUAUUGGUUAAGAGAAAUAAGUCAUCAAUGAGAUUGUCAUAGUAUAAUAAUAAGAGAGGACCCGGAUUGCGUUUUCUUAUUUUAUAUUAAAUAUUAUUUUAUGAAAUCUCAAAUUUUAAUAUGUUGGCUGAAGAGAUAGUCGAUUCGCGCUAAUGAAGGUGUAACAAUAAAGUACAACAUAGUUUUCCAAAUUGCCCCUGAGAAAUCUGAUUCCAGAUGUUCUGCGGCUCGUUGGUUACGUUAGAUGUAAGAUGUUGGUAUCAAGAACGGGCAGUGUGGAACACGUAUUUCAUAGUUGAAUCACAUCUGCUGAACAACUGUCGAACACAUGCUGAGGCCAGCAUGGACUAAAGAAGGGGGGAGUGUAAUGCCCCGUUGGUAAAUCGUUACCGACAGACAAAAUAUAUGUUAACUAUGAUUUCAGAAUUAAUAUAGUAUAUAUUUAUUGGUCACCUAAUUUUUCCAUUUUAAAAGAAAUCCAUUUUCUAAAUAAUAAUAGUUAAUUUGACCCGUCACCAACUAAGUAAUUUAAGGUUUGAGCCCAGAAACUGGAAUCGAAUAUUAUUGCAAUAGAAAUAGAACAAAGUUAUGGAGCUGGAAUUGUGCAGCUAGCCUCGUGCACUGCUGAUACAAAUUGCUGACUCCAGGGCUAGCUAGCCUCUCACACAGGCCUAGUCCUUUUUGAUUGGCCACGGCCGCUGAGGCGAUGACCGCGGCUUGACCUGCUGAGCCGGUGAUCGUCAGUCGCGUUCAAAAUUAUAUGUAGUUAACAUCUCGGUCCGCGUCCUCUCUAUCUAUGUAAUUAAUGUAACAUUGGUUAAAAUCAUCUUCUAAAUUUAAUUUGUUUCUAAAGUAUUACUUGUAUUAUUUUGUAGCAUGAAUUUAAUGACCAAUUGUAUUAGUGAAUAAAAAUUCGAAAUUAAACUUAUUUAAUCUAAUCCAA